AUGACUAGUAACUCGUUAAAUGAUACACGAAUUUUAACAAACCAUAUUAGAGAAAAAAUUGUUGUCAAAACGCCUAAAGAUUUUGCUAACCUCUACGAAAGAUGCUGGUCUUCAACCCCACAAAGCCGUCCAACAAUAAAUGAGGUUUCAAUAGCGCUUGAAAAGUUAUCAUUAGAAAUAGCCAAAACAACCAAUAAAUUUAUUAUAAAUCAUAUUAUAAAUCCUAUUAUAAAUCCUAUUAUAAAUCCUAUUACUGUAAAUACGAAUCAUAUUCUGGAGUUCCCUGAUGAAAUCAAGAUGGCGAUUUUCAUUCUUGUUUCGUCUCCCCGAAACCUCAUUUUUUCUUGUAAAGAAUGGUAUAGAAUUUCCAAGGAUACUUAUUGUAGGGUCAAAUGGCUCUUCCAACGGUUCGGCCGAGCUCAUUCCUUGUUUCAUGCGAUUCGUUUAGGGCCAUCGUUUGCUAGUGCUAAUGUGAUCAAGGAAAUUCUUGAAGGGGGUGGAUUAAUUUCACUAUAUUUUAUUCAAAAGCUUUUACUGCAUUUUGGAAAAUAUGAUCAGCUGCAUUAUUUACAAGGUUUAAGCAACAUAAAUGCCAAAAAAUUUAUUCCUUGGGCAAGUGAUUUGCCCAUUCUAGAAUUUAUCUACAUCCUGGAAUAUGCCGGAAAAAGAUUUGGCGAUUGUUUUCGGCAAUCUAGAAAUAAUGAUAUGGAAUUAUUUCAUUAUCUAAGCGGAGGGCCCCAUGACAUUUAUGAAGCCAGAACAAUAUUAUUCAACAAUUUAGAGUUGAUUAAGGAGGUUAUUUCAAAACGGAAGUUUAUUCCGUUUCCUCCAAGGCCAAAGAGUGGAUCGUCACACGAUAUAAAUUCAGAAGAAUAUCCAGCAAGAGAUGGUUAUGAAAAUUCUGGGGAACUAAGGAUAAUAGCUCGAGCAAUCUUAAUUUGCAAAGAUCUAGUCCUUACUUGGAAAGAAAUUGGUUAUCAUGAUAUUGUGUAUGAUGUAAAUGAUCAUGUUAUUCAAGGAACCUUUCAUCUCUUAUUUCCUCUGGUUCCAUCACGGGACUACAAUAUGCCAAACGAAAGCGUAAUAAUAAUAAGACUUCAGGAAUUAUUUGAUUUAGGGUUUAAAUUGACCGAUGCGAUCAUAUAUGACAUUUUACAGUUCUUUAAAUCUAGGUUGAAUAUUAUUGGUAAAAUAAUUGUCAACUCUUUCAUUUCAAUUAAACAAAAGGAAUGUGAUUUCCAUAUUUCAAUCCGACGAUUACGCGUGGAUUUUUUCAAUAAAAUUGUUAUUGAAGCGAUUAAACCACAAAGCGACACCACGAUUGAAUUUUUAAAUUUUUUAUACGAAAAUAUUGGAAAUAAUUUUGAUGCCAAAUUUAUUUUCAAGAGUGCGAUACAUCACAUAAAAACAAAUUCAUUUCAUGUGAAUGAUGGAAAGGGAGAUAAUAUGCCUUGGUGUAAACCAUUACCGUUUAACUUAGUUUGUUAUUAUUGGAUUGUUGAAAAAUUUUCUGAGGAUUCUGAAAUUGCUGAUAUGUUGAUAAUUUAA